UGUAGACCUAGCCAGGCAAAACCAGCCAGGCAGUUUUCACCAGUAGUGAGCAGUCAUUCACUAUAAAGGCUCUUGCUGCUUUCUGCACUCCGGCGUCGCAGCGAUAUUGAUCGUCAACUGAGCAGAUAUGGUUCUCUGCAGGGCGGCCUGGCGAAAACUGGCUCCGCUGGCACGGAUGUCAGUCUCGGCAUUCUCCAGAAACGUCCCUGCUCGACAGAUGUCAUCUGGUGGUGUUCCUGGCUCCUCGGGAACAAACCUGAUCUAUAUUCUCCUCUGCGGGGGCUCCUUCACUGGUGCAAUUUACUAUAGUUACAAGACCCUUACGUCUGACAAGGCCCGGUUCCACGAUAGAGUUAAUGAGAUCUCCACCAGACCGAAGGACGAAUGGACACCAAAGCCAUGGCCACCCAAAAAAGAUGAUGCAGAGCCUGAGGAGGCAGAGGAAGCAGAACCUGCAGGAGAGCCUGCGGUGGAGACUGCCUCGGAGGCCACCGGAGCCGAGGCUGUAGAGGAAGCCGUGGAGGAGACUGCCAAGGAGGCAGUGUUGGAGGCCUCUGAGAGCACCAGAGCCGAGGCUGUGGAGGCAGCAGUGGAGAAGACAGCCACCGAGCCAGCACCGGAGGCUGCAGAGGGCACCACAGCCGAGGCUGUGGAGGAGGCUGUGGCUGAGGCCUUGGAGGAGCCCCCAAGUGAGGCCGUGACCUCUGAGGAUGAGGCAAAUGGUACCGCCCCGGCUGAGGAGGAUGUCUCUCAUGCUUCCCCUCCUGUGGAGGAGACGUCUCCAGAACCUCCAGCCACACAGGCGUCUGAGGCCCAAGUGCCAGUGCCUGAGCUGUCUAAUGCCAUGAAAACUGUAUCAGCUGUCCCUAUGGCAGAGGCAGUAGACAUAGCAGCAGCUUCUGUAGGAGACAUAAGCAGUGCAGCACCUGCCCUAGUGCAAGAUGCAACUCAGCAAGUAGUGACACUAAUACAAAUGUCAACACAGUCUCCUGAUCAGAAUGUGGACACUUCUCCAGUAACAAAAGUGGUUUCUCAAGAGAAGCCCAAUGUAAUAACACUGGUUUCAGUGAGUGAUAAGGAAGCCUCAUCUCAAAGUCCCUCGGCAGUAGCUGUGGAGGAGCUGGACAACACUACAGCAGACAUGGGAACAGUGGAAACAGCCAUAACUCCAGAAGCUCAAACAGAAAACAAGUCAUCUGUGAUUCAAGACGCUGAUAAAGCAGGCAUCCCUUCAGAGGAAACAACAGUUUCUCCUGUGGAGGACACUUCAGACGUUUCAAUAGAGAGGGACACGGUUCUCACUUUAGAAUUUACAGCAGCUACUUCAGAUGAGGAUGUAACAGAAGUUCUAAUUGAGAGCACACACAUUUGUCCAGAAGAAGAUUCAGUGGUCACUCCAGUAGAAGAGACAACAACCGCUACAGUCAAAGAGCAAGCAGGCAUUACACAAGACAGUACAGUAAUCAAUGCAGACGUUACUGGUGAAGUAACAGCUGUCACCCCAGGAGAGGUAUUAACAGGUGCAGCACAGGAAGAGGUUGUAGUAAAUUUGCUGGGUGCGUCUGAAGAGGCUCAAGAAGAGAAGGAGGAAGCCAGUGCAGAAGAAAAAAUGUCACAUACACCAAGAGAAGUCUCUGUGUUUGCUCUAGUAGCUCCAGCUGAGGAGGAGGCAGUGACUCCAGCUGAAGCUGAUCCUGUGGGAGUAACAGCCAAGCCUCUAGCAGUGGAGACAGGGGAGGAAAGCAAAGGGAAACUAGCAAAGGACGUGCCAGUGGGUUUUGUGGAGCAAGGAGAGGACGCAAUAGAGGAGGCAGAAGCUGAGUCAGCAAAGCGCACAGCACUCCCUGUUAUUCUGGAGGCAGAAGUGAUACCAGUGGCAGGGGGAGUGAUCGAGACAGAAGCGAUCCCAGCAGCAGGGUGUGCUGUCCCCUCAGCACAGGAAGCAGCAGUGGCUCAGGUGAUGGAGAGAGUGGGGGAAAUUGUGACCCUGGAUAUUGAAGCAGGUGGAGUCUCAGAACAGGAAGCAGUGGAGUCAGAACACAAGGCUGACGAAAUGACAUCCAUUCCAGUUGAGACUGAGGUUGUGGAGAAGACAGUGUCUCCAGUGGGGGUUGGGGUGAAAACAGAAGUGACUUCUGAGGCAAAGGCUGUGGAUAAUUCUGCUACUCUUGAGGAGAAGAGUCCACUUGCUGGGGAGAUUAUCCUAAAUCAUCUUGAGGCAGAAGAAACCUUUCAAGAAGACAAAGAGUCAAGUGGGGCAGAUAAGAGCACAGGCAUUUAACCACCUGUUGAAAGCAGAGAAGAGGAGAGAUGGUGAGGAAUUCCAUGGAGAACUACAAGGAAAAGGAAGUGCCUUGCCUAUUCUCCCUUCUCACACAGUGUCCUGGUUUAAGCAGAGGACAGUGUCUGCUUUACUGAUCAUUUUCCAGUGCUUGCCCUUGCUUUUCAUUCCAUGUAAACAACUUGUGAGGUACAAACCACAGAACUGCUGUUUAAUCCAUUUUAAUACAAUCCAUUUUUGGGGGUCAUGUUUAAACAAACAUUUAAGAUAUUUUGCACAAAAACAAAGCAAAAAAAAAGUUGUAAACGUUUUCUCUAAAAAGGGGGGUUUGGAGAACACACAGUUUAUUUUGAAAAAAUGUAAAGCUGUGCUGAAAUCUCUGGAGUAUGAAGCAAGAAUUAAUCAUGAGACAGAGAUGUAGGUAAGCCAGAUUUUGCAGUACUCUGACUUUUACCAGAUUUGCCCAUAACAAUAGGGGCAUUAGGGUUGGUCAAUACUUCAUAUUUCUGACACGGUACUUAAAUUCAUUAGAACAGUUUGCCUCAUGACUCAUUUGAAAGCUAUUUCCUUCACAAUUUAAUGUUGAAAAAACACUUUAUGUGUCCUUAUUUUUGUCUGGAGGACAGCUGGUGGAUUAAGCAAACACCCCGAAAACAUGGAUCUCAUUAAAAGUCAGUAUAGAGCACUCAUUACAUUCCAAACCUCCAUAAAAUGCCAGUGGUCAGCUUCAUUCAAACAUGGCUGUGUACUUGGGGCAUUGUGGAGACUCCUAUAAUGGAAGAUCAUUUCAUACAGCUAGUAGAAAUUGCAGGCAGCUGACAGCUGAGGCAGAUUCUGGCAUGGAAAUACUGCAGAGUCAUCCACAAGCAUUGAAGCACAUACAUGGUCUCCAGGACCAGGCAACCCCAAGCCCCAAACAACAAAAGGCCCCAUUUCCAUUAGGAUCUGUGGCUGAGCAAUGUUAACAUAAUAGUCUCAUUUUAGGCUGUGAGACCUUUUAUGUAAGGAUUCAGCUACAUUUUAUGCCCACUUGGUUACGGCCCAAGUGAUGAAAUGUGUCCCCACCACAAUGGCCCAACAAAAAAUCAUACAGUUUCAGCACUGUGUCCUCAACCAUUAGCAGGCUAGUUCAUGGAGAUUAUUGAUCAAAGAGAUGAUGGCAAUCAUUUUCUGGGUCUCAAAGGUAAUUGUGAUGUCUGGCUACAGUAUACGGUAUGUUAAAGUCAAGCCAUCAGUCAACCAAAACAGUCAUCAGUCAAAGCUAUACUGGUGCUUUACAACAACAACAAAAAAACAUGCUAUUGAAGAAUGUGACUUGGAUCUGCUGAAACUCACACUCUGCUGUCCAGACCUGGCCUUAGGUUACUCUUUUGAAAUCUGAAGGGUAAUCUUCAUACUUCAGGGUUUGCAGAUGUUGACAAUGUAAAUGCCUUCACUGAGACCCGUCUAGACUGAGAACCUGAAAACUUCUAAUUUGCAGUCAUAUACAAGUGCAAAGAAGCGCUGGCCAAAUAUAUUGAAGUUAAUAGGGACAAUGUUGACAUGUGAGAACUUAUAGCAAGAACAAUCUUACAUAUGUUGUACUAUGACUGCAUUGACCCACACUAACACCAUAUUUCCUUAAAAACACUGAAAUAUGAUCCUUACAGUGUUGCCUACAGAACAAUGCCCCCUGUUUCUGUGGUGAGGCACUGAUUUUAUUUGCUUGGCACAAAAGGAAGAGUGCAUCUUAAUGGACCAGUAGUAUUAUUUUCCGCUUCUGUGACUCUUCUUUUAAAGUGUUCCAUGCAAAUGGCAGGUGAACCAAAGACUGUUCAGUUUAUGAGUUUAGGUGAUCAGAGCUUAAAUAUACUUUUCCCCCAUGGCACCCUACUUGUUAAAUUUAGAAAUAUCUAUUAUUAAUGUAAAAAAUCAUUAUUUCAGGUUUUAGCCUCUUAAGCCUCUUAGGCAGUGAGGCUUAUUAAAGAAAUUGUAGAUUAAAGUGGUUGUAUACCUCACAAUUGGAUGAGGCAGGUAUUCAUUUGUUUAAUUAUGUUGCCAGAUUUUCACAUGCUAAUGUAGCAUUUUAUUCAUCCAUCACAGGGCACACAUAGACACCAACACUCACACAUACCCACCAGGGCAAAUUUACCCAGAAACCAAUUAACCUAUGGGUAUGUCUUUGGACUGUGGGGGGAAACUGGAGCACCUGGUGGAAACCCAUGCAAACAUGCUGAGAACAUACCUUGCAAAUGUUGUCUGCCAUUGUCCUGAGAGAGCUGGAGUUUAUCUGUUUGCUUGUUCUACAAUCUUAAAACUAAUUUCAUGACAGUACUUUAGAAAGGAAAACAGUUCAGCUAUUUCAAUACACAAGUCUUGUGUACUAAAGUCAAUUUAUUAUAUUAUAUUAAAGUUAUAAUAUGUACCAUAGUGUUGUUUAUAAACUGGUGUUACAGUUCAGUAUACAUUAGAUAAAGGGUUAAAUGUUUACGUCAUUACCAGUUGCUACCAGCACACAGUGUAAAUAAUUUAUGACCUUUGUAGUAUUAUUCCUUUGAAGGAACACUCCAUGAAUAUUACAUAUAUAUUUAUAGAUCAUACUAAGUUUAAAGUACUAACAAAUAGAUUGGUGUAGUUUUCAUAAAAGUCUCUGUACUUGCUUUACAAUGUCUCUGUCACACACAUUUUAGAAAUUAGUAAGUUAAUUGUAAUUAAGUGAAAUUGAUGUAGAAAGUUUAUGAAAAUUGUUGAGACUUUAUUAUUGUACUCAUAAACUUUACUGCUUGCCAUAUUAUUAUGUAAUGA